AUGCUGCUGAUCAUUGAAGCUCUUCUUCUCAUUUUAGCUGCUCUAGGACAGGAUCACAGAGCUGCUGCAGGACAGAAAUAUCCAUUGGAUAUGGCACUGAAUUCAGUUGAUGACCAAUAUAUGGGCUGUAGAGAGAAAAUGGCAAAACUGGUGGAGACAGAACUUCUAAAGAAGGAACUUCAAAAAUCAUCUGAUUCUAAAACGGCUUGGGAAAAUAAUAAAGCCAAGCCCCCAAAUGAUAAUUUGACAAAGAAUCAUACAAUCUCCAUUUAUGUGUACAGUGAUACUAGUGUAUAUAAGCACUUCAAUCCUGAAACUCGUCGUGAUAAAGACCAGUACAAACACAUGCCAUACAAAUGGUAUUCACUUCACUUUCUGUUAACAGAUGCAAUACAGAUUCUGAAUCAAACACAAAAACAAUGCUAUUCAACUUUUCGUGGUACAAAAGUUAGAUUUAAUGAGGAUGUUCUGAACAAAGAGGUUCGUUUCGGCUCAUUUACAUCCUCCUCUCUUGAUCGUAAAGUAGCACAACGUUUUGGAAAAGUGUCUUGUUUUGAAAUCCACACAUGUGAAGGUGCUGAUGUGGCAAAAUAUUCUAAGCUUCCUCAUGAGAAAGAGGUGCUGAUUCCUCCAUAUGAGAAGUUUAAAGUUGUUGAGGUCAAAACAAAAGAAGAGCAGAAAGAUCUCUGGUGUGAAACUGUGUUUGUUUUGAAACCAAGAAACCAUCCAAGACCAAAACAAAGUACUAUAUACUGAACAACGUGCUUUGAGUUUACAUGAUAUAGUCAUGUACAUCAGCUCCAACAUUUGUUCCUCUUGGUUUAGUUCAUUAAUUAUUUGUCAGAAAAUGCAAUUUGUUUAAUUUCAACAAAAUGAAAUAAAGUUAUUUUUA